UUUUGCCUUGAUAGUCCGAUCUUACAUCUUUGUCAAAAUAAACUACCUAAGUUGUAAAUAAAAAAAUAUUUUGCUUAUUCUUAUAACUUAUUGAAUUCAAUCAUUUUAAACGUUCUUUUUAUUUUUUAAUAUUAAUGCCUUAACUAUGGCUACCUCCAGCGAUACUUCUGACCAAAAUGUUAAAUCAAGACGUCCUGCAGAGUCCGCAUUUAAGCAGCAACGUCUACCGGCUUGGCAACCAAUUUUAACAGCCGGGACUGUUUUGCCAACUUUCUUUGUAAUUGGAAUAGCCUUUAUCCCAGUGGGAAUUGGAUUACUUUACUUUUCUGAUGAGGUUAAAGAACAUGUAAUUGAUUAUACAUACUGUAUGAAAGAAGAUGCUGUCAACGAAACCUGUGCUAAAUUUAUCAAAGACACUAAAAUGAUGGAACCAUGUGUAUGUCAAAUCAAUUUUAAUCUUACUGAAGAUUUUAAGGGAGAUGUCUACUUUUAUUAUGGACUAAGCAACUACUACCAAAACCAUAGAAGAUAUGUCAAAUCUAGAGAUGAUAGCCAACUUCUGGGCCACUUAGCACUGACACCCUCCUCCGACUGUGACCCAUUUUCAUAUGCAGAAGAGGAAGGUAAAAUGAAACCUAUAGCACCUUGUGGAGCCAUAGCAAAUUCUUUAUUUAAUGAUAGUCUACGAGUGUAUUCGCAAGAGAUAAAUAAGAUGGUUGAAGUGCCAGUUUUAAACACGGGUAUUGCAUGGACGUCAGACAAGGACAUCAAGUUCAGAAAUCCAGCAGGAGAUCUUAAAACAGCUUUCGCCAACUUCACAAAGCCAGUUAAUUGGCGGAAGCCAGUGUGGAUGUUGGAUCCCAAUAACACAGAUAAUAAUGGAUUCCAGAAUGAAGAUUUGAUAGUUUGGAUGCGAACCGCGGCCUUACCAACAUUCAGAAAACUUUACCGACGCGUUGAUCAUACUCGGGCUGGCUUUAUUAUUGGACUGGCUAAAGGACCAUAUACGCUGCAAGUUGAUUACAAUUAUCCAGUAACAGAUUUCGAUGGAACAAAAACAUUUAUAAUAUCGACGACUUCGCUACUCGGUGGCAAGAAUCCUUUCCUUGGGGUCGCGUAUGUCGUGGUUGGGUCUUUGUGCCUCCUCCUGGGAAUUGUUCUGCUGGUUAUUCACGUUCGCUGUUCUAAGAGUACCACAGAGAUGAUCAACGUAAACCCAAGGACACCUUACUCUUAAUUUAAAAUAUGCAAGAAACAGUUAAAAUGUAUACCUUUUAUUUACAUUAUAGAGCAUUAGAGGCUUGAAAAUGGAAUUUAUUACAUGUAUUAGGUACUAUUCAAGUCCUAGAGGUUAGCGGUCAUAUUAUUAACCAACAUGGUAGCCCUAUAUAUUAUCAUGUAUCUUUUAUACUAGACGCGUCAUACCUUUCGAAAAAUUCGUCGUCGUCGAGUGGGUUGCAAAGUAUGGAACUCAUUUCUAACAUGUAUACCCGUAUAAAAAUUACACCGUGAAAAAAAAUGCGAAUUGUCUCGUCAAUUGUUUGCCUACAAAAAGUUUUUAUAUCAAGUUCGCAAUGAUACUGGCGACUUAGAAAAAAAGAACUAAAGAAAAUUAUUGCGUUCUUUCCAAUUAUUUCUUUUUAAUACAGUUUACAUUUCUAUUUUCCUUGUAAUAAUGCAGAAGUAAGUAGGCUUUUAAAAAUUGAUAAAAUUCCCUUUAGCGGAAUUGAUAACGUUCUCUCCUAGUACGAUGAACCAUUAUGUUUGAUAUAACAAUGAAUACAACUUGAAUUUUAUUCCUAAAAACGACUUUAGUUGGUAAAUAGGGAAGGUGUACUGUUUUGCUCUGUAUAGAGAUAUUAAACUAACUUGUUAUAUUAAUUGUCACAGAUUAUUCUUACAUAUAUUGCACAGUAUAUAAGCUAAUUUUAAAUAUAAAUAUUCACGGUUUGCUUCAUUCACAUCAAUUGUUUUUAGCGCCCUCUAUGUAAGUUUAAAGUCCUCUACGUUUCGAAUCAGAUUACAUUUUUAGUAACGUCAAGUUCAGGUUAUUUCAGGGUGUUAGUUUUGUACCACGAUGUCAUUCUAAAAUUCUAAUAUUCCCUUCUUUACGUUGUCCGUGAAAUCAAUAAGUUAACACGAAAUUAAAUUGUUAUUUUUGACUUGUAAUAUAUAUGACACAAUAAAACGCUUUUUAUACUCACUCAGCGCAUGUACUGUGCUUGAGUCACGUCACUUAAAUUAGUUCAAGAAAUAAGACAUCAACAACAUCAACGACAUCAAAUAUCAACUUCAAUUGACCAAGUAAGACAAUUUACUCCAAAUUGGCAGAUUGUUGGAUCGGAAAGAAAGAGAUAGUAAUAUACACAUAACGAUUCGCAUUUAACCUCGUUUCACUCUUAUAAUAACUAUAUUUUCAUAAACAUAUUUUUGUUUUAGAUAAUAUCUGUCUGAAAAUAAUUAAUGUUGAUAGACGAUAAUAUUAAACGUUAAAACUAAUUCAGAAUAACGCUGAAAAUUUAAAUUAACAUGUUAAUUACUAAUUAGUUAUUAAGCCGGAAUUACAUUACGAAAAUAGUGCCAUGUGAAAUCAGUUUCACGAAAGUAGUUUCUAUAUAUGUGAUAGUAAUUUUGUAAAAUAAUUUGUGUCGUGAAAUUCACCGUAUCGCAAUAAUCUUGGCUCCAUUAGCAUCAAUGCUAUGUCAUUCCAUAUUCAGAGAUGCUUAUCUAUUUUGCGUGCCAUGAAAUUAGUCCCUAAAUAGUAGAUCAAGCACCUGAGAGGUAUAAAAACUAAUGAGUAAAGAUAGUUUUAAUUUUUACAGUGAAACUUCUUUAUCGGCGUUGGAAAACAAUUUACCGUCACAUUUUUCCGUUACGCGCCAUCUAUUUCUUGUCCCUACCAUGGUUGAUUUGAAAAGAUUCGUAGCCAUUAAUAACAAAAAUAUAUUAUAAUGAUAACAAUGAUAGUAAUAAUUCUAUUACAAUUAAUGAAAUUCUCUAAUAAUCUUAGUAGUAAUAAGGUCAAAUGAACUAAUUUCAUUAUUGGUAUUCAUGUCUAUAAUAAUAAAAGCCUUUUGUUAAACUUUAUUUAACCUGCAUAUAGUAGAUCAUUUUUCGAAAAAUAAGGUCAUAAAGAAGUUUCACUUCUUACGUGUGUACACUAGAGAAUGUAAACAAGAUAUGUCGAGAAGCGUUACCAGCAAAACUUAAAUUUCAAAUUACGCUGCGUUUUUUAGCAACUGGAAAUGGUUUUAAGUCGAUAUAUAGUGGCAUCAAAAUACACACAUGCGCACAGCACUGGCGUUUUCGCGACACUAGUUUCACGUCGCAUCUCUAUCAUAAAAUUAGUUGCAUGAAAGUAAUUUCACAGAAAAAUCGUCCAGGGCAUGAAACUCAUUUGCGUUCAUGAAAUUAAUGCAUCAUACUUUCGAUGACACGUGAAACAAUGUAAAACAAUUGUCACGAAGUUAAUUUCAUGCCACUGAUUUCGUAACGUAAUCCCGGCUUUACGGCUUUAAGUAGAUGUUGCCUUCUAUAGUAUUAAUAAAUACAUUAUUUAUUGGAAUAUCUAUUGUUUAAGUUGUCGAAGUAUUACGGUAAUCUUUUUUUAACUGUUACGAUUUAAUUUGUUUAUUAAUGUUUUGUUAAUCAUUUAUAUUAUUAGAUUAAGUUACUGUUUUACAUCUCAGUUUUCUCUCUCUCUCUAAUAUUUUGUUUCUGGUUUAAUGUUUUUAGCUGAAUAGUAUGAACAUAUCUAAAAUAUGCUUAUAAGUUGUUUUGGUAGCACGUUCAGUUAAUUCCUUUAUAAAGUGACUACGAAAUAUUCUUUCAACUAAAUUUUGUACUUAUCAUACGCUAGUGGCACGGGCUAUUUAAAAAGACCUAAUAGAAUUAAUGUUUACUAUGAAAUGAGCAUUAAUAUACAAAAAAAAUAUAUAAUAUCGGUUUGGGUAUUGUCGAAUAUUUAAACUGAAUAUAGAAAACUAAAGCUACAUUAUAUUUGUGUGCAUUUUAAAACACGCCUCAACCCAAUCUAAUAAGGUAACAAAUGCAUUAUCGAAUAUCGAUAUUUUAAACAUUAUUAUUACAAAAAUUGUUCUCUUUUGCAUGUGGAGUGUGACCCAUGUUUCGUUUAAUGUGUAUGGGGUCCGACGUAUAUGGAACAAAGUGCCUUAUAUUUAGCUAAGCAUAUAAAACAGUAUUCAGAAAUUGUAGGUUAUACUUGAAUUGUUUGAUUAAUUAGAAACAUAUCGCAAAUUUGUCACUGUCAAAAUACUUAAGAACAAAUUGGAUUAACAGAUGGAAUACAUUUGAUGAUGUCAGUCAAUCAUAGAUACAAGAUUAUGUCUGCCCUAUAUCAAAUUGGCGGGAAACGGGAGUUACAUAAGUACUAAGCUUAUAAAAAGUUACUACCCACCCGUAUUUACUUUGACUAUGUUUUUUCUGUCAGAAUGUAUUGAUGAUAUACUGCUAUAGAAUUUUAUCACAAGUAUUAAUGUAAUCUUUUGCACGACUUUCAAUAUUUCAUAAAGUAUUUGAGUUGAUCGCUAUAGAUAAGAAUCUUAUCUUCAUUUGUUUGGUCGCAGAAUGUAACAUUCCAAUUUGUUCAUUUUUUUAACAGUCAUCCUUUGUGUAAUUGUGAUUAGAACUUUAAUAAAUGUUUUAGAACUAC